GUUAAAUAAGGCCCUUAAAAAAAAUUACCGGCCUAGUAAACACAGAAAAAUACCUGCUAAUUAUCCGGUUCAUUCGUUAAAAAAAAAAAAAAAAAAACGAAUUUGACCGGUCCAACGAAUUUAACCGGAUGACUAAUUAUAUAUUAUUUGUACAGUACCUGGACUAAUAGUUACUGCGAAAUUUUUAAUACUUCAAUAUCAAUUUUCUUUUAUAAAUUAUUUUAUAGUAAUUGAUGAUGAUGAAUUAACACAAAAAUUAAAUAAGCAUAUUGGCAGCAUCACUACGACCAGCUGUUUACAUUCUAUCACGGUUUUAUGAAAACACUUCUCAUACAUGAUAAAUUGCAGUAUUUGCUGUAAAUUAAAUUUUUUGUGCUUUAAAAGAAUAUAAUUUUCGAAUUAAAAAUUUAUAUAAAAUGGCUACAAUAAGUCGCCCACCUAUGAAUAGAAUACCCGCCAUUGCACCGACUAUUAAACAAGAUAAUUCAGUUAAAGAUCUGCAGAAACUUUCGCGUUUGGAAUUGUUAGAUCUGAAGGAGCGACAAGGCAAAUUACUGGUAAAUAAAACUAAUUUAAAACGACUGCCAGAUAAAGGAAAACGCAUAGCAGAUUUCUACAACAAAGUAAUUGAAGAACUUGACCGACGAAAUAAUAUUGAUGAAGCGGCAAACAUGUUCUCAGAGUUAAAUAUAGCUUCUAAAGGGGAAGAUGUACUCAACAGUUUGGAGUGGAACGGCCACUUAAAUGGUGAACACAAUGUUAAUCCAACAGACGAUAUACUAGAUAGCGAUGACGAAGUAGAGUUAGAUCCAUUGCGCGUGAUUGCCCAACGUACAAUGCACGAACGACGCACAAAAAUACUACCACCCGAGCCUAUGUUAAUAACAGAAGCUGAUUUAGCUGAGAUCGAAUCUUUUAAAGCAGAAUCUGAAAAUUUAGUUUCAACGUGUCCGAAAACGAAUUUCACUGAAACAGAUAAAGCACUCAAAGAAAAAACCAAAACAGAUCUUGAAGCAAAUAGAGUUGUAGAUGCCAAAAUUGUUGAAAUAGAUGUCGGCGAUAACUUACCACAUAUAAUAUUAAAUAUACAGCACAUUAAUGACAAAACUCUAUCUUCAAAAGUAAGCUCAAUUAGUAAAGAUGGUUUCUAUAGCACGCCGGCACUAACGGAGGUGGAGGAACAUGUACGCUAUCUUGUUGCGAAAACGGAGUUGCAAGUAGCGCCACACCGCGAAAAGUUCAAACCUUACAAAACCACUGUGUCAGAUGUGCACGAUCCAGCAAAGGAGCGCCUACGAAAAAAGGGCAAGUAUUGGGAAAUUACUGCUGCAACACCACCUCUUAUACAACACAGUGGCGCAAAGAUGCUGACAUUACUCGAUUCGGUGGAGUUACAAGUCGGUUAUUUGGCAAAAUUAAAAGCUUUGCAGGAAAAACAAGCCGAGGAACGUUUGGCUGCACGUAUAGCGCGUCUUGAACAACGUGACCUGAAACUGCCUACAAAGGAAGAGCUGAAAUCUAAAGCUGCUUUCACUACAUAUCGUACACCAUCGGUGCAUAUCGAAGGUGAACAAAAGUUCAACGAAGACGAUGAGGUACAUGAUCCACUAGAUGAGGAAAAGUCUGGUGGCGGUGUUACAUAUACGAUCUACAAUUAGUUGCCUCACUAUAAAUAAUAAUAGCAUCUAUAUAAUUUGAACGUUAAUUUAUUAAUCUCUUCUUUGUAAACGAAGUUUCAAGGUUCAACAUUCAACAACACAACUAUGUAUGUAUGUAGACACUAAGUAAUUAAGUUAUGUAACAUUUAAGAUUUCGCUUAAGUUAUUAAGACUUUAAGGUGCAGCUUUUAAGCAAACACAAUUAAUAUUUUUCUACUUAUAUAUGUAUGUAUUGUUAAAAGCUGGGCUCUGGUCUCAAUAAAGUAUACAAUACUAUAGAAUUUCUAAUAUAA